AUGGGAAGAACAUCUCAGGUUGCUACUGAUGGUGCAAAUAAUGGGGAAGGAGGAGGUCAUCAGGUUGUAACUAGUUGUGCUAACAUUGGAGAGGGAGGAGGUUCUCAGGUUUCUUCUCAGUCUUCUCAACCUGUAACUGAUGCUCAUCACAAUGAUGCAUCUCAGGUGACACUGGAUAAUAUUUUUUUUUUAACAAAAGACAAAGCAUAA